GCCACGGACCAGCAGCGGACUAGCUUCGGGGAUUGGUUCCUACUUCAGGCCGGAUCUCCUCCUACAGGAGUCGUCAGAGGAUGACGAGGUGGAAGUGCAGGAGGCUCCAGUUGCUACAUCCCUGUCUGCCCAAAUCCAAGUGGUGGCAGACAUCCAGGAAGGGCAGAAUCCCUCAACUGUUCAGAGGGUUCACACCCUGGCAUCGGAGAUUGGGACCCGCCAGGAUACGUACACAAAUGUCGUGGGAAGCAGACUGGACAACAUUGAGAGGACAAUGGAGAAGAUGUCAAACAGUCUGCUUGAACUGCAGAAGACUCUUUCCGACAGCACGGCCACAAUACUACAGGUCAGAAUGCAAGAUCAUAGGGAGAAUAUGAACGUACUUCACAUUCUGGCCGAAUCCAUGACCCGGCUCGUGGACAACAGCUCAUGUCUGGCAGAAAGCAAUAAAAACAUGUCGGAGAGUCAUCGACACUCCUCAUCCAGCCAACAGGUCAUCGCCACCACACUGCAGAUGAUCUAUGAUAAGCUCCCAGGACCAGCUCAUCAACACGCUGGUGAUCCACCAUAUCCGCCGUCGCAAGCCACAAGGACGCCUCGUACCCUUCCUCAAGUCCCAUCCCAGUACAGACAGUCACAGAUGUACCAGGGAUAUACAGGGAUGUACCCCACCCCCCAGAUGCCUCCACCACCGGCCACACAAUCUUCAGCCGCAUGGGCACAGAGGCCCAGUCAACAUACUCCCCAGCCUCCCAGGACAUCCACGCCCUAUCAGGGGGAAGAAGAUAAUCCGGACAGACUUCCACCAUAA